AUGGGUAGGGAGGGGGAGAAGGGGGAGGAGAGCACUGCGGCACGGGGCCGUGAGAGUUUUAAUGGCAGUGAUGCAGGCAAUUCUUCGCCCAACGACGGUGACUCUCCCGAAAAUGUCCUUUCACAUGCGGUUUCAUCCAUAACGCCAGCUUCCACCAUCCCCACGUCGAAGAUUGCAAGCAGCCUGCUCAAAAUCCGCGAGCGUCGCAACUGGCUUAUUCAUCACCUUUACACACGCCAAGAGUACGUAGAGUGCCUGAGCGUCAUCGAGGCGCAGUUGCGGGAAUCUGAGGGCGUGUGUGAGUACGCACUGUAUGUCAAGGGGCUGCUGAAGAGGCGCAGUGGGGAUUUGACGGAGUCUUUCCUACUCUUUCAGACUGCAAUGCUCAUCAACCCGCAGAACCCGGUGAAUCAGAAGCAGGUGGCGCGGGCUUUGUUUCUGCUUGGUCAGCACCGCGCGGCGAUCGAUAGCCUUAAGGAGACAGAGGAUAUGUGCGCGAUUAAUGGGGUGGGGGAAGACUGGACGCUUCAGUACGGUAUCGGCAUGUGUCACAUGUACCUGAACGACUACAAGCAGGCAGAGACUGCAUUCGUGAAGUCCAUCAGCAUUCAGCGCCGCGACUGCACGAUCAUGCAGCUGGGCAAGGUGCUCGUGUUGCAGAAAGAAUACGAACGGGCCAUUAGUCUCUACGAAGAGGCGCUUCAGACAACCCCCGACAACCCAGACCUCCUCACAACGUUGGGGCUGCUACAUCUGAAGGUGAACAAGCCUGCUAAGGCAUUUCACUAUGUUGGUAAGUGUCUCACUUUGAACUCAUCCAACCCGACAGCCAUCAUGGUGGCGGCGGGUAUCAUGCAGGAGAACGGAGACUUUAGCGUCGCGCUGAAUAAGUACCGUGUCGCAGUGUCAAAGCUGCCGCACUCCGCGCGUUUGUGGAGCAAUAUUGGGAUGUGUUUCUUUGGACAACAGAACAUGCACGCUGCCGUUGCGUGUUUGCGUAAGGCUGUCGCCUUGGCACCGUUAGAAUGGCGCAUCGCGUACAAUAUGGGCCUUGUGUUUCUACAUUUGAAACAGUACGCCUCGGCAUUCCACUACCUGUCGGCAUCCACGUACCUGCAUGGGCAAUACGCCCCCGCCUUUAUGCACUUGGGCGUCUGCCUGGCGUUGAUGAACGAUGUCGAGAACGCGUGCGCGGCGUACGCUCGCGCGCUUGCUAUAGAUCCGGACCCCUUCAUACGGCUUAACUACUCCAUCACCCUGUUCAACAGCGGGAAGGAAGAAGAGUCGAGGCAGCAGCUGGAAGUGUUCCUCCAGGCAUGGGAGAAUGCGCAGGAAAUGCAGAGACGAGAUUGGGGGCCGAUAGUUUCACGGACAGUAAGGCUCCUCACCGCGCGGUUGCGCGGUGAGAAAGAAAUGAAUUGCCACACUGCCGUCAGUAGCAUCAACAACGAUGACAACAAUAUUGAAACCAACGACAAGAAGAAUGACAGCUCCACUGUUGAAAACGGCAGCGCCGUCGUUGAAAAUGACAACGCCAACCACAAUAAGAAUGUGGAAGGCGAGACCUCGCAAGCUGUUGCUGAGGCGGUUGAAAAUGAAGGCGGGAGUGGUGACAAUCGGUGA